AUGUAUUACAAAUUAAAAAUUCCUAACUUCGUGUUACGAAACGCAGUUUUCAUUAUCUCGCUGUCAAAGUUGUCAAUAAAACAAGGGCGCUGUUUUUCAAGGUACAUUUUAAAUUUACCCAGCUUAUCAUCGAAAAUGUCCUUGCCACAAACUGAAAAAUCAUCAUGUAUAUUCUGCAAUAUCGUCAAUAAACUGGAAGACACGGAAAUUUUGUUUGAAGACAAGCAAGUGUGUGUAUUUCGUGAUAUCAAACCCGCUAGCAAGUUUCACAUCUUAACUGUUCCAAAACGGCAUAUAGAAGACGUAAAGUCCCUCACAACCAGCGAUAAGGAUCUCGCUCAACACAUGUUGUCAGUAGCUCAUGAACUUCUAGCGAAAAACAAUUUGACUGUACAAGACGCAAGAAUAGGAUACCACUGGCCACCAUUCAGGAGUGUAAAACAUCUUCACUUGCAUACAAUAGCGCCAGAGUCACAAAUGGGUAUAUUAGGCAGGAUGAUUUUCAAAAGAAAUUCUUAUUGGUUUGUGUCGGUAAGUAAUUCAUGUUUAAAAAAAUAA